AUGAGGAAUAGUGGCACAAUUUCAACUUCUUUGGAAGUACAAAACGAUGAAGUAGCAGAAGCUGGUCCUUUUGAUGCUCUCCAGCCAUUGUUUGGAAAGUUGAUGUCGGAGUGGGAAUCAAGAUUGUCGCUAAUUGAUGACGUGCUUGAUGAGGCAGACCAGAAGCCAGAUACAAACCAGGCUAUGAAAAAUUGGCUCAGCAAGCUCAGAGACUUGGCUUAUGACGUGGAGGACAUACUUGACGAAUGCCAAACAGAAGCCUUGAAAAGAAAGUUAAAAGGUGCAGAGUCUCAAGCCAGCACAAGUACAGUGCAACCAAGUGCUUCUCUGCCUAGUGGACCCAAACUACAGGGGAUUGCUGCCAGAUGGGAAGAUAUCAUGAAAGAGAGAAGUGAUCUUGGCUUGGACAUAAAUGUUAUACGGAGGUCCAACAAAGCAAACCCAAGAGUGCAGACAACAUCACCGGUCAAGGAACCUAAGCAAUGGUAUGGGUCUAAUGGUCUUAAUGAAGAACCAGGUGGAAAAUUUCCUAAUCUUGUUAAGCUUAAACUGGAAAACUGUGAGGAUUGCUUUCCAGAUGAUGAUGGUCUACUGCUUCCCACUUCGCUAACUUUGCUUCAUAUCUACAAUCAAAAGAAACUCAAAUCCAUAUCCAGUGGCAUCCAACACCUCACCUCUCUUGAACAAUUAUGGUUUGAUAAUUGUCCUGAACUCCAUGUCUUGCCAAAGGAGGGCUUCCCUGCUGCACUUGGACUUCUAAAAAUCGUUAAUUGUCCUCUCUGGGAGAAAGAGCAAAUGCAUCACCUUAGGACCCUGGGUCGUAGUGUUGCCUCCAAUCAGAUCAUGAAGGUUAGGAGAAGAGGUGUUAAGGAUGUCAAAGUCUUGCGAACAAGUUGGCGUUUAUCUUUCUCCAGUACCGAAAAGACGAUAGUUGCAGCAUUUUCAGAAUUUGGAGAAGUCAUUGAAGCUAAAAUAGUAAUGGACAAAGCUAGAAACAGACCUAAAGGUUAUGGAUAUGUGACCUUUUCCAAGAAGGACGAUGUUGUCAAAGCUUGUGAGGGGAUGAAUGGAAAGGGUUUUGAAUUUACUAGUGUGCCAGUAGCAAGACCCCCCUGGAGCCUCAUUUCGAAGAGGAUACCUGGAAGGCCGGAACCUGAUCCUGUCUUGAUCAAUGUGGCAAAUACUACAAUUUCAACUUCUUUGCAAAUACAGAAGGAAAAAGAAGCAGAAGCUGAUCUUCAGCUUUUGUUUGGAAAACUUAUGUCGGAGUGGGAAUCCAGAUUGCUGCAAAUUCGUUCAAUGCUCGAUGAUGAAGAACAGAAGCAACUGACAAAUCGGGCUAUGGAAAUCUGGCUCGACAAGCUCAGGGACUUGGCUUGUGACGUGGAGGACAUAGUGGACGAAUUUGAAACAGAAGUCUUGACAAGCAAGUUAAAAAGUGCAGAAUCUCAAGCCAGCACAAGCACAGUGCAACCAAGUGCUGCUAUGCCUAAUGGACCUAAGCUACAAGGGAUUGCUGCCAGAUGGGAAGAUAUCGUGAAAGAGAGAAGUGAUCUUGACAUAAAUGUUAUACGGAGGUCCAACAAAGCAAACCCAAGAGUGCAGACAACAUCACUGGUCAAGGAACCUAAGGUGUAUGGGAGGGAAAAGGCCAAAGAGGAUUUAGUUCAAUUAUUGAUGAAAGCCGAACCAAUCAACUCUCGAUCUUGCCGUGGUGAAUCGAAAGAUAUACUACAAAACGAUGAAGUAGCAGAAGCUGAUCCUGUUGAUGCUCUCCAGCCAUUGUUUGCAAAGUUGAUGUCAGAGUGGGAAUCAAGAUUGUUGCUAAUUAAUGACGUGCUUGAUGAUGCAGAACAGAAGCCUGAUACAAACCAGUCUAUGAAAAAUUGGCUCAGCAAGCUCAGAGGCUUGGCUUAUGAUGUGGAGGACAUACUUGACGAAUUACAAACAGAAGCCUCUCAAGCCAGCACUAGUACAGUGCAACCAAGUGCUGCUAUACUCAACAGCCUUACGCUGCAGAAGCUCGCUGCCAGAUGGGAAGAUAUUCUGAAAGAGAAAAAUGAUCUAGGGGUUCUGUUGGAGUGGGAGCAUUGGGAUUUGUCUGAUGGUCUCAAUGAAGAACCAGCUGGUGGAAAAUUUCCUAAGCUGGUUGAGCUUACACUGCAAAACUGUCCUAAGUUAAUUGGGAAAUUCCCCGGGUGCCUUCCAUCCCUCAAAAAGCUUCACAUUUCUGGUUGUCCACAAUUAACAAAUUUACCUGAAAUGGUUCCAUCUCUUCGAGAAUUGAAAGUGGAAUGUUGUGACGAGGUGAUUUUCAGAAUGGCGCCUAAUUUCACCUCCCUCACUACCUUGGAAAUUCGUGAAAUUUCAGGCCUUGUGGGUUUACAUGAAGCAUUUGUAGAGGCCUUAGUAGCACUUGAGGAUCUGAAAAUUAAACACUGCCGUGAACUGAAGUACUUGUGGCAAGAUGGCGUUGAUGUGGACAAACUUGCUAAUCUACAGAGUUUGUGUAUCCUCUGGUGUAAGCAGCUCGUGUCAUUGGUGGAGGGAGCGGAAGGCAUUUUGCCGUACUCUCUCAAAAGGCUUGAAAUGAGAUGGUGUGAUUCUAUGGAGUCGCUGCCUGAUGGGAUGAUGACAGUGAUGAGUAGCAACAAUAGCAAUCAGUGCCUUCUAGAAGAGUUGGUGAUACAAGACUGUCCAUCGCUCAAAUCACUUCCCAGGGGGAAGUUGCCUGCUACAAUCAAGAAAUUAGAUGUUGAAGGAUGUAAAGAAUUAGAGUCUGAAUAUAGGUUUCUAGAAGGAAUUAUGCGGUGUGAUGCCCACCUUGAGUAUUUGCGGGUAUCCAAAUUCUCCAUCACGUCCUUUCCAACUGGCAAGUUUCCUACUUCUCUUAAAGCACUUGUAAUUGACCGUUGCAAAAGAAUACAAUCACUGCCUUCCCUACUUAACCUCUCAAAUCUCACUAAAUUGAUUAUACAAGGCUGUCAUGAGUUGGAGUCAUUCUCAGAUCAGGAAUUGCCCAGUCUUACCUCUUUAUUUAUAUGGUAUUGUAAGAAAUUGAGAUCCUUUCCUGAGGCGGGUUUGCCUUCUAAGCUAACUUCACUGACCGUGAUGGGUUGCGAGAAUCUGAGACAGCCAAUAUCAGAGUGGAGACUCCAUACACUCACAUAUCUUAAACGACUCACAAUCUCCAAUACAACAGAUGAGGAUUGCUUUCCAGAUGAUGAUGGUCUACUGCUUCCCACUUCACUAACUUCUCUCCAGAUUAGUGAUCAAAAGAAACUCAAAUCCAUAUCCAGUGGCAUCCAACACCUCACCUCUCUUGAAGAAUUACAGUUUGUUGCCCCGUUGGACAUAUUCUUUAAGAAAUAUGAGAACAUAUCAGGAAUGCUUGCUGUUGUGCAUCUCAUUAAGAGUGUUGCUUCGUAUGAGCAAGUUGAUCUAGGGGAAAGCUUAGGAGCAGCAUAUUUAGUGCCCAAUUACUGGCCAGUUGUGUUGUUUCGGCAAUGGGCUAUGCAACAUGUUUUCAGCUUACGCGGCAGAGAAUUCUGGAUUACAAAACCAAAAAUGAAGAAGUGCGAAUCAGGAGGGUUCCCUGCCACACUUGGAUAUCUGCUCAUCAAUUCCUCUCCUCUUCUGAAAGAAAGGUGCUUAAAAGAGGAAGGAGAUUAUUGGCCCCUCGUUGCACACAUCCCUUGUGUUGAUAUUGAUGAUGAAGAGAUAUCUGAAGAAGAGACAUCCAAUGCAGAGAUAUCUGACGAUGACACAUCUAACGAAGAGGCAACCAACGGUAGGUUCACCGAUGAAGCAUUUUUCCUGAAGCUGUGUUCUUCUCCACUGUUCCCUUGUGCAAUUAUGGAUCCUUUGUCAUACUGA